UCGGACCACCAUGCCUACCCUUCGAUCCCCCUCUUCCUGGCUCCAUGGCUCCUCCUCCCCAAGCAGUGUGUCCUCCCCACUGCAACAAGCAAUGGCAAGUGGACAGAGGGGCUUGUCUGCAUCUUCCAGUUUGUAUGUCAAUGUGCCCUGUGAAGACAGGGACUCGGACCAGACUUCAGAGGGGGAUAGUGAUUCUUUGUCAACUGAUGAAGGCAGUGACUUUGAAGACAGCUUGAAACGCAAUAUGAAGAAGAGAGCAGCAAAACGACCACUGAAAACAACCCCAGUGGCAAAACACCCUAGGAAGGGAUCUCAAAUGGUACGUGGUCAUAGCCAGAAAGAGUCAGAACCACUAGCCAAUGAUCUGUUUGAUGCUGUGAAAGCUGCCAAGAGUGACAUGCAGUCUUUGGUGGAUGAAUGGCUGGAAAGCUACAAGCAAAACCAAGAGACAGCAUUCCUGGAGCUCAUUAACUUUUUCAUUCGAUCUUGUGGAUGUAAAGGCACUGUGACACCUGAGAUGUUCAAGGAGAUGUCCAACUCGGAGAUUAUCCAGCAUCUAACAGAACAGUUUAAUGAGGAUUCAGGAGACUAUCCCCUGACAGCUCCAGGUCCCUCCUGGAAGAAAUUCCAUGGAAGUUUCUGUGAAUUUGUGAGGACUUUGGUUUAUCAGUGUCAGUACAGUCUCCUUUAUGAUGGCUUUCCUAUGGACAACCUCAUCUCCCUGCUCACUGGCCUGUCAGACUCCCAAGUCCGUGCCUUUCGUCACACUAGCACCCUGGCUGCCAUGAAGCUAAUGACCUCUCUGGUAAGAGUAGCCCUGCAACUGAGUUUGCACAAAGACAAUAAUCAGCGCCAGUAUGAGGCUGAACGAAACAAGGGGCCAGGACAGAGAGCACCUGAGAGGCUGGAAAGCCUGUUGGAGAAACGGAAAGAGCUCCAAGAGCAUCAAGAGGAGAUUGAGGGGAUGAUGAAUGCCCUCUUCAGGGGUGUCUUUGUACACCGGUAUAGAGAUGUUCUUCCUGACAUUCGUGCUAUCUGCAUUGAGGAGAUUGGGUCUUGGAUGCAAUGCUACAGUGCCUCUUUCCUCACUGAUAGCUAUUUAAAAUACAUUGGCUGGACCCUGCAUGAUAAGCAUCGAGAGGUCCGUCUGAAGUGCCUGAAGGCUCUCAAAGAGUUGUACAGCAACCGAGACUUGAUUGCACGCCUAGAGCUCUUUACCAGUCGCUUUAAGGAUCGGAUGGUAUCCAUGGUCAUGGACCGAGAGUACGAUGUGGCAGUGGAGGCCGUCAGGUUGCUAAUACUUAUCCUUAAGAACAUGGAAGGAGUGCUGACAGAUGCAGACUGUGAGAGCAUCUACCCUGUUGUGUAUGCCUCUCACCGAGCCCUGGCCUCUGCUGCAGGGGAGUUUCUCUACUGGAAGCUCUUCUACCCUGAAUAUGAGACAAGAAUGGUGAGUGGGAAAGAGCGACGCCGAAGUCCACUCGCUCAGAAGACUUUCUUCCAUCUUCUGCUGUCCUUCUUUGUGGAGAGUGAGCUCCAUGACCAUGCUGCUUACUUAGUAGACAGCCUGUGGGACUGUGCAGGGUCUCAGCUGAAGGACUGGGAGAGUCUGACAAGCUUGCUUCUGGAGAAGGACCAGAACCUAGGUGAUGUGCAGGAGAACACACUGAUAGAAAUCCUUGUGUCCAGUGUUCGGCAAGCUUCAGAGGGUCACCCACCUGUGGGACGGGUCACUGGGAGGAAGGGCUUAACUCCUAAAGAACGUAAGACCCAAGCAGAUGACAAGAUGAAGCUGACUGAGCAUCUCAUUCCUCUGCUACCCCAGCUCCUGGCCAAGUUCUCAGCUGAUGCAGAGAAGGUUGCUCCCCUGCUGCAGCUGCUUAACUACUUUGACCUCAACAUCUAUUGCACCAGGCGUUUAGAGAAGCACCUGGAGCUGUUUUUACAGCAACUCCAGGAGGUGGUGAUGAAGCAUGCAGAUCCAGCAGUGCUUGAGGCUGGAGCUCACGCCCUCUGUCUGCUCUGUAAUCCUGAGUUCACAUUCUUCAGCCGGGUAGACUUUACCCGCAGCCAACUAGUCGAUCUGCUGACUGACCGCUUCCAGCAGGAGCUUGAAGAGUUGCUGCAGUCUUCCUUCCUAGAUGAGGAUGAGGUAUAUAGCCUGGCAGCCACUCUGAAGCGCCUCUCUGCCUUCUACAAUGCUCAUGAUCUAACUCGAUGGGAGCUUUAUGAGCCAUGCUACCGACUCAUCCGGAAGGCUGUGGACACAGGACAGGUUCCUCACCAGGUGAUCCUGCCAGCCUUGACUGUUGUCUAUUUUUCCAUUCUCUGGACACUAUCCCACCUUUCUGGAGCAGGUGCUUCCCAGAAACAGCUUUUGAGUUUGAAGGGCAGAAUGGUGGCCUUCUGUGAACUCUGCCAGAGCUGCCUCUCGGAUGUGGAUCCUGAGACCCAGGAACAGGCUUUUGUCUUACUAAGUGAUCUACUUCUCAUCUUCAGCCCUCAGAUGAUUGUAGGGGGACGUGAUUUUCUUAGGCCCCUUGUCUUUGUUCCUGAAGCCACUCUGCAGUCUGAGCUAGCCAGCUUCCUCAUGGACCACAUCUUCAUCCAGCCUGGAGAACUGGGCAAGGGUCAUUCCCAGGAGGACCAUUUACAGAUAGAGCAGCUGCACAAGCGGCGCCGCCUCCUGGCAGGAUUCUGCAAGCUCUUGAUUUAUGGGGUGCUGGAGAUGGAUGCAGCUUCAGAUGUUUUCAAACACUAUAACAAGUUUUACAAUGACUAUGGUGACAUCAUCAAGGAAACAUUAACUAGAGCAAGACAGAUUGACCGAAGUCAUUGUUCCCAAAUCCUGCUGCUGAGCCUCAAGCAGCUAUACACAGAACUGCUGCAGGAACAGGGGCCCCAGGGCCUGAAUGAACUUCCAGCCUUCAUGGAGAUGAGGGACCUAGCCCGGAGGUUUGCCUUGAGCUUUGGACCCCAGCAGCUACAGAACCGUGACCUUGUGGUCAUGCUACACAAGGAAGGUAUCAAGUUCUCCUUGUCUGAGCUUCCUCCAGCUGGAUCCUCCAGUCAGCCUCCAAAUCUUGCAUUCCUGGAGCUCCUUUCAGAGUUUUCCCCCAGACUUUUCCAUCAGGACAAGCAGCUACUACUGUCCUACCUGGAAAAGUGUCUGCAGCGUGUCUCCCAGACCCCUGGCCAUCCCUGGGGUUCAGUCACCAUUUACUGCCACUCCCUCAGCCCUGUAGAGAACGCAGCAGAGACCAACCCUCAGGGCUACCCCCACUCCAAGAAGAGGCGCAUUGAAGGCUCCUCCAGGCAGCACAGAGAAGACAUCUCUUCAUCCCAGGAGGAAAGCCUGCAGCUGAACAGCAUCCCACCUACACCCACCCUUACCUCCACAGCUGUGAAGAAUAGGCAGCCCCUCGGGGCAUUGGAAGAGGUGGAAGAAGAAGGUGGCUCAGAGUCAGAGUUUACCCGAGGCCAGCUCCUUAGAGGCACCCAGAGGUCAAGGUUCUUGAGUCCACAGCAUUUCCAGACUGCUCUCAACCGUUCAGGUCCUGGUCUGGGCAACCGGCUGACCCGACUCAGCCUUAUGGAAGAGGAUGAGGAAGAGUUAGAAAUUCAGAACGAGUCAGGUGAAGAAUGGCAAGAUCCAGACAAGCACUCUUACCCCAGUGAGCCUGGAUUGGACCUCUUGGAUUCUACAGAGCUGAACUUUGAGGACUUCUGACAUGACUCAACGCCCCUACCCAUCUCCACCCACCACCUCAACAGUAU